UUCUGCUUCUUAGUCUACUCCUCGCGUGAUGUCGCUGGUGUAGUAUGUAGGGAGUGUCCCCACAUUGCAAUAACAGUUCAUUCAUCAAUUAAAAACAAUGGUUUUAAUAGGUUUUUAAGUAGUCCAGGAUAUUUGUCCAUAAUAUUACUGUAACUAUACUUAAACAAGAUGACUGAUAUCAUUAAACAUCAUAGAGAGUUGGAAAGCGAUUCAAAUGUUAAACCUUCAGCAAAUAUACAAUUAACAUUGCAGUCCCCUAUACAAUCUCAUUUGUUAAACAAUGAAGUGGACAAUAUUGAUUAUCGCUUUGAAUUAGCAAGACUACAGAGUUUUGAAAAUUGGCCUGUGCAAUAUAUUGAACCUGAAAAGCUUGCAGCUGCUGGAUUUUAUUAUACAGGAGAAGGUGAUAAAGUAAGAUGUUUUGAAUGUUCCAUUGAAAUAUGUCACUGGGUAGAGGGUGAUAAUCCUAUGAUCGAUCAUCAACAUUGGUCGGCAUGGUGCAGAUUCAUUCGUAAAAUCAAUUGUGGCAAUGUCCCAAUUGAAGUAGAUCCUAGCACAAAUUUACCUCCAAGAUUCAGAAGUAGAGACAUAUGUGGGCAUUAUGGGAUUGAAGAUAGACCUAUUUCUGGUCUUGACAAUCAUGAUCAAUCAAAAUUACAAUUAGUAAGUACAGCAAAACUAAGUUGUUUAGGUUUGGGGAGACCUAAAAGACCAGUGCAUUUAGAAUAUGCCAGUUAUGAUGCUAGAUUAUGUACAUUUAAAGCAUGGCCAAAAUUUAUGUCUCAAACGAAAGAGCAGUUAGCAGAUGCUGGAUUUUAUUACACUGGUAAAGGUGAUCAAACCCUGUGUUAUCAUUGUGGAGGGGGUUUGAAAGAUUGGGAACCACAGGACGAUCCCUGGGAACAACAUGCAAAAUGGUAUUCUAAAUGCUAUUAUCUGCUGAUGGUUAAAGGUCAACAUUAUGUUAAUAAAGUAACAGGUCAGCACAUAUCCCCACCAUCUCUAGAGGAAAUAAUGCAAAUGCAUUUACCAAGUUUCAUUAAGAAAGUUCAACCUGUAUCAAUGGAAGUAGAAAAAAAAGGAGACAUAGAAACUAAACCUGGACCAAGUUCUCAAGAUAUUGGUUCUGCCAACAGUGGAAUUGAAAGUAUCAGAACUAAUACAGAAUCUGAAAAAGGAAGCAUAGAAAAUUUAUCAAAUGCAAAGACACAAAAUAAUAAACCCAUGGAUGAUGCAAGGAUGUGCAAAAUUUGUUAUAAUGGAGAAUUAGGAGUAAUAUUUUUACCAUGUGGACAUAUAGUUGCUUGUGUUAAAUGUGCUCCUGACAUGACAAUUUGUACAGUAUGCAGAGAGCCUCUUACUAUGACUGUGCGAACAUUUUUCUCAUAGUAUUCCAUAGCUUGUAAUAGAAAAUGAUUACAUUCAACAUAUAAUUUUUGUUACAGUAUUUUUAUAUAAAAUUAUUAUAAAAAAGCCGUGUGUAUAAAUCAUUUUUUUGACCCGUUGUUAUAAUUCACUUCUCACUAUUGUUGGGCGUAUCUAAAAGUGUAUAAAAUUUCCUUGCUGCAGGUUUAUUUCCAGACUUAUACUUGUAAUGCUC